UCUGAAAUUUAGCACAGUCUUCAAAACAAACACUGUCACUCUCUAUUGAUUAUUCUUCAUAUUUUUUUUCCACCAUGACCGAUUUCCACCACCACCACCAACACCGCCCCCACCGUCUCUCCGUUCCACCACGCACCACCACUCCAAACCCUAACCCUAACUCCACCUUCCUCUAUUCCAGCCCAACCCUAACCCCAACACCAACCCCUUCCAAAUCAAAACACCGUCUUUCAUCAUCUUCAUCAUUCUCCUUCAAAUCAAACCCUAACCCUAAAUCCAAUUCAAAAUCAAUUUCCUUCAUCUUCCUUCUUCUAUUCUCUCUCCGUUCUCUUUACUCCCUUUUCCCUUUCCUUCGUUCUUCUUCACCUUCCUUUUCUCUCUUCCCUUUUUCCUUCCUCGUUUCACUUCUCUCCUUUUUCCUUACUCUCACUUUCUCUCUCUUUUCAUUCUCUUCUUCCAAGCACCCUUUUGUUAAAUCCAAACAAAAAUUAUUACUUUUCAGUUUUUCAUCAAUCACAAACUCUCAGCAGAGAAUUUUGAUAUGCAAGUCGAUUUUAUUGGCUUUGGUAUUUCUGUUACGGUUUUCGGCUUUGAGAUAUUGCGGUACUGCUUCGAUGAUUAUCGCGGAGUUUAUGGGGACCGUGGCAGCUCGUCGGUUUCAAAGAAAUCGGAGAAAUAGUUUCGGUUGGGUUGAAAUUCGCGGGUUUUUGUCGUUGUUUUUGGGUUUGUUUAUGUUGUCAUUUGGAUGGGAUAGGAUAGAGUGUUUUCCAUUUGGUGGAAAUGGGGUUGAUAAAUGUGUUAAGGUUUGGCAAUUGUUGCUACCAUUUUUGGCUGGUUUUCUUGCUUGUUAUGAACAAUGUGUUUCGGUUGAUGAUUAUGGUAGUUUUAAGCAAUUGGAUCGGAAACGGGUUCGGUUGAUUACGCUUUUUUUCACUACAAUUGUGCUAUUUGUUCCUGCUGUGAUUAGUUUUUUUGUUUAUGAAAGUGGGGAAGAUAGUGUUGCGUUCGGGAAUUUGGUUUGGCCAUUGGCGAAUACUGUUGUUUUCGGCGUGCUUUUGAGUGAGAAUUAUUUUAGUAGUGGUGGUGGUGGUGAUGAUUUGUUGAGUUUUAAAGACUCUAAAAGAGAGUUUUUGGUGAUGUUUAUGUGUACUUUGAUAUUGGAGCUUUUUUAUUAUCCUAAUAUUUCACUUUGGGGUUUGUUGAUUUGUGGUUUAUUGCUCUAUGUGGCUGUUAGAGAUUUGGAUCCUUUUGAUUCCAAUGGAAUUGGUUUUGAAGACGAGUCUUCGCAGUUUUUAAGUGAAAUGGUUAUGAAGCCUAUUAGACAUAUAUUAAGCGAGAGGAAAUCGAGAAAAAUUGCGCUUUUUCUUUUGAUCAAUGCUGGGUAUAUGGUUGUGGAGUUUGUUGCUGGGUUUAUGAGCAAUAGUCUUGGGCUGAUAUCGGAUGCGUGUCAUAUGUUGUUUGAUUGUGCUGCUUUGGCAAUUGGGUUGUAUGCUUCGUAUAUAUCUCGUUUGCCUGCGAAUAAUCACUAUAACUAUGGUCGGGGUAGAUUUGAGGUUCUGUCGGGAUAUACUAAUGCUGUUUUUCUGGUUCUUGUUGGAGCAUUGAUAGUGGUCGAGUCGUUUGAGAGAAUAUUGGAUCCUCAAGAGAUUUCGACUAAUAGUUUGUUGGUUGUUUCUGUAGGAGGGCUUGUAGUGAAUGUCAUUGGUUUGAUAUUCUUUCAUGAGGAGCAUCAUCAUGCUCACGGAAUGUCUGGUGGAUCAUGCUCACAUUCGCAUUCACACUCGGAGUUACAUAACGAUCACUCCCACCAUCAUCAUGAAAGACAUGAAAGCAACCAAGAAUUCAUUUCGGUUUCCACUGAUUGCAAAGAUAUUUCAUGCUCCAGUGAUCUUGGACAUCAUAAUCACUCUAGUCAUGAGAAGAAAGUUGAGUUCCUUGCCGAUAAUCGCAGCAUUCAGAGCUUUAAGCAUCAUAACGAUGAUGCCCGAAAACACAAACUGCAUGAGCAUGGUCAUGACCAUCAUAACCACACUGGGCAGCAUGACCACCAUGAGCACCCUCACGACCAUCAUAGCCACACCAGUCACCAUGACCACCAUGAACACCCUCACGACCAUCAUAACCACCAUGACCACCACGAACAUGCUCACCACACCGGUCACCAUGACCAUGACCACGACCACCAUGAUCAUAAUCACCAUGUCGACCAUCAUGACCAUAAUCAUCAUGCAGGGCACCACGACCAUAGUAGUGAUUGUCAUGAUCACAAUCACCAUGACCAUCAGCACCAUGAUGCUGACCAUCAUAAUCAUGAUGCGUUACCUGUUAACAAAAAGCACAGUCAUCGCCACAUCGAUCACAACAUGGAAGGGAUAUUCUUACAUGUUCUUGCAGACACAUUGGGGAGUGUUGGUGUUGUUAUAUCCACACUAUUAAUCAAAUACAAGGGAUGGCUUGUUGCUGAUCCAGCCUGCUCAAUUUUCAUUUCAGUUUUAAUUGUAUCCUCAGUGAUACCUUUACUCAGAAACUCAGCCGAAGUUUUGCUCCAAAGAGUUCCAAGGGCACAUGAGCAUGAUCUGAAAGAUUCCUUAUCCGAUGUUUUGAAGAUAAAGGGUGUUUACGGAAUUCAAAAAUUCCAUUCAUGGAGCUUCACAAAUACAGAUGUAGUAGGGACACUGCAUCUACAUGUCGCAACCGAUACCGACAAGAUAUCGGUGAAGUCUCAGGUUUCACAUCUAUUGCACAAUGCUGGAAUAAAAGAUUUAACUAUGCAGGUGGAAUGUGUUAGAUAAUAUUGUUUAGAGAUUGUAAUUAUCACAUCUUUGAUUAGUGAAUAUGCAUGCAUACACACUAUUUGGAACAGGAUUAUACUUUCUGAUCAUUGGAAUGUUUGAAGAUAGAUAUUACAACUUAAAUUUCUGUCUGUUUUCAUUUCUUAGAUAAUUGGUUUUGUUAUGUGAUCUGUUUUUUGGGAUCCAACUAGCUGCUGAGUUGUAACUUGUACAGAAAUGUAACACGAUCAUAGGCUUUCAAAAAGAAUAUAAACAUUUACAUUUUUAUGCCAUAGUAAAUAUUGUUCUACUCA